CUCCCAGGUGCAGUCGAUGAAACACACGGUGGCGUUUGACGUUAACGAUGUUAAACUAAACUUUUACAACAACGGGAAGAAAAAAGGGCGUCUGAGCGAAUUAUUUUUUCCAGUCAGAGAAAGAGGGAAAGGAAAACUUCGGCUCAUGGCGAACGUUUUAUUUGCCUCCCUGUUAGUCUGCUCCUGGACUUCCCUUGUUUUCGGCCAAAGUUGUGUGAAUGACAGCAGAUUUAAGGAGCAGGUGCUUUAUGUAAGGCAGCACGGGCCUUCAUAUUCACUGCAGUGUCCUCUGCAGCCUGUUCAGUCCCAGAAUGCCCCCGUAGUCCAGCUGACCUGGUUGAAGGACUGUCAGCAGCUUCCCAAACAGGUGGGGAAGACCUCCCUGGAGUUUAGCAGCGUCAGCUUAAAGGACCAAGGAAAUUACACUUGUAUUCAACAGGGAAACGACACAGCAUCAUUUACUGUGCGCCUCAUUGUGAAGGAGUCUCGGUGUGCCAAAGCUCCAGAGUUUAUACCAAACGGCAGCUUGACUGAACUCUGGAGGAAUGUGGGAUCCACUGUGAGGCUGAACUGCACCGUCCUGCUCCUCUGGGAUCCAUCAGAAGAGCAAUGUGAAACCACGCUGCAGUGGAGCAAAGCUGGCCAGCCUCUCACCAACCACACUCUCUACCUUCACAACACAUCGUCAUGGUCUCCUGCAGCUGGACAGUUGAUAGUAAAUAGCCUGCUUGAGUUCACUCUCAAAGAAACAGAAGAUUUUGGACUCUACAUCUGCACAGUGAGGAACAUUUCUUCUGAAUUCAUCGUACAAAAUUCAAACAGUCCCAGCCACACAGCUGCUGUCACUGCAGCCAUCAUCCUCCUCCUCCUGCUGGGUGUAGCAGCCAUUGUGUACACCAGGUGUCACCUGAGCAUCAAACUCUGGUACAAAAACUCAUAUGGGGACUAUGAGCUCAACGAUGGGAAACUCUACGACGCCUACAUCUCAUAUGUCAACAACGACUACGACAGGAAGUUCGUCAACUUUAUUCUCAAACCUCACCUGGAAAAUAAAAGUGGAUACAAGCUGCACCUCAAUGACAACGAUAUCUUACCUGGUGCAGCUCCUUCUGCAGAGCUCCUAAUGCACAUAAGCCGCUCUCGCCGUCUCAUUGUGCUACUUUCUCAUGCUUACCUCGAGCAGGACUGGUGCACCAGCAAUUUCAGACAGGGCUUUCUGCACUUGUUGGAGUUAUGUCAACAACCCAUCCUGAUCACGUUGGAGGGUCAGUCCAGACGCAUGAGUUCUGACGUCAAACAGCAGCUCAAUGAGUACCAACAUCGACUCACCAUACUGACUUGGAGACACAAUUCUGUGAUUCCUUCCUCUGACUUCUGGAAAGAACUGGCUUUAGCGAUGCCUCGUAGGGUCACCUUCUAUAGUCAGGCUGCAGGAGACCCUCAGACUGUGCUACAAGAAGAUGAAGACCCCAUGCUGACCCUUGACCCAGACUACCUGGACUGUCGCUCAGACACUGAUCCAGCUGGAGACCUGGGUCUUCGGCUACCUGUCUACAGGAAUCUGACCUCUAAAGCUCCAGUUCUCCCUGAUGAACCCAUCAGAGCAGCCGAGCCAAAGCCUUCUGACAUCGACAUGUCGGAUCUUGGAGCACGCAGCUACGCAGCCCGCUCAGACUUUUACUGCCUGGUCACCAAGGAGGACGUGUGAAUCCCACCGAUCCACGAAAUGACCACCUCUUUUUAUAUUUGUGGUGUGUAGCCAGGUGCGUUAUUUUUCUGUACACGGUAUAAUUGUAAUGUGCCAUUUCUUGUUUUGAAUUAUCACAAUUUGUUCUUUGUACCAUUGUGUAAAAUAUUCCCAGAAAAGAAGGAACUUGGUGUGUUUAGUUGAUCUGUUUUUUAUUAGUCCCCAAAGGGGAAAGUAAAGAUAAGAAAUCUGUCUUUUUAA